AUGCUGAAGCGAGGCAUUAAGGCGGACACCCCGAUUGAAGUCUCAGCUGCCUCCCUCAGAGCCAGAAUUAAUAAUCAAAAUAGUCACCUCAAAGAUAAUGCUACACGAGUCACAAAACCUACUCAGCAAAAACAAAUGGUCACUCGUUCACAAACAAAAGCGUUACAAGCACAAUUAAACAACCAACUUCAUGCUAAUACUACAGUCACCGAGCCAGAUGCACAACUGGAGGAAAUACCAGUUGUUGACACUACAAUUCUGGAGGAACAAUCUGUUGAACAUGUAUCAGACAGUGAAGUUCAAGAGGUCGCAGACGAAUUUAUCCAACAAAAUCUUUUACAAGUUGCAGAGCCUUUACUGUUACCCGUGGAAGGUCAAACACCACCACCACAGCAAAGUCAAUCAAACCAGUCAUCACCUACUAUUGACACAAAUAUUACACAAUCAUCAGUUGAAGUUCCACUUCAAUACAAAGUCGAAAAACGUCCCCGUUCAAUUAGACUUUCAAAAUUUAGCGUUACUCACGAUCAAAUCGAUGACAUAUUACAAACUAUUCUCAAUCAAGACUUAAGUUGCCACAUAUCCUUUGCCACUUUGUUAAGAAUAGUACCUCGAUUCCGCAAAUUAGUACAAAGCUCACUACAAGCACACUUAAUACCGCGUUUCGGCCCACCAAACGCCAAGCUAAUCAAACCAAUCACAGUUAGUGAUUUGGAAAUAUAUAUCCCAGAUGAAUUCAUAAGUGAUUCCAUGGAGCAAACCAAGACGUCUUCACCAUUCAUCACAACAAAGAACACUAAUUCAUCCAUUACUACUACAGCACAACUGGAGACACACGCCCCUAUCGAUCAUGAAAUAGUGCACUUUAUCGAUCAAGUGUCAAGUCCCGCAGUCAUUCCCAAUAUAGCAACAACUUAUCAAAUCAACAGCAUCACUCAAAUCCUUAAUGGUCAGGAUACAACUAUACGCAAAGAAUGUAUUUAUAUCCCAUUACAAAUAGAUCAACAGCAAAUUUUCGCGAAAUUUGAUACUGCAGCUGAAACCAGUGUUAUUCACCCCACAUUGGUUAAAAAACUUGGUCUUACCACAAUACCUUUCCGAGCCCAAUUACAAGGUUUAGGAUCACCUACGAUGCCUAUAAGCAGAGUUGCAAUAUUGCAAGCCACCAUUUUUGGCCAUAAUAUACACAUCAAAGCAUGUGUCAACAACUCAAUAUCACAGAAUAUCAUCAUUUUGGGUCGUCCAACUCAGUCAGAAUACUACAUGAGUGUUACUUAUGAUGAACUCACACUACAACCAGUUCUCAAAUUUCGAACUGAUCAAUUCCAUCUGUUUACUAUUCCGGAAACAACACCUCAACAAUAUACAGUCGGCAACAUCGACAUAGCUACAACAUCACUUUCCUCGGUUCAUGCCGAAAAGUUACAUCUGGCUAUGGCAGAGAGCAUUCUUGCAGAUGAAGAUAGACAAUACUUUAUAGAACAUGUUGCUCGUAUAUCCGAUGUUUUCUUCUUAAAAGGAGAAGCUCCAGGUCGACUCAAAAGUGAUGUCCAUCCCGGAGUAGAAAUAAACCUAACCAAUGAAUCCACCGUUUGGAAAGAGAAAUCUAUUCCAGUGGGAAAAAAUCGCACCCUGUUUAUCCACUUAUUAAAAACAAUGUUAGAGCAUGGUCAGAUUAAACAUAGCACGUCCCCUUAUAAUAAUCCAGUAUUUUUAAUCAAAAAACCACACAGUCAAGAUUUUCGUCUUUUAAUCGAUCUUCGCACUUUGAACCAAAAUGUAUUAGUGGAAAGUGGUCACCCACCACUCAUUGAAGAUGUCGUUGGUGAAAUAGCUCAAAAAAGCUUCAAUACGUAUUUGGAUAUUUCCAACGCUUAUUUUCAAAUACCAUUGGAUCCCAAACUGGGGAAAUAUACUAGCUUUAUGCUGCCAAUCGGUCAAAUGGAAUUUUCGGUUUUGCCUCAAGGCUAUUGUAAUUCCGUACUGAUUUUCACUAACAUCCUUCAUAAAGUACUCAAACCACUAGCUGAAAAAGUUGUCAUCUUCGUUGAUGAUGUUUGUAUUUUAGGUCCAAAUAUUCAAGAGUAUUCAACACUCACAGUUUCAGAACAACAAAAACUGCAUCGACAACAUCUUGAUUUAGUGCUUCAGGUAUUAAACUUACUCAAACAAGCUGGUUUAAAAAUUAAUCCAUCCAAAUUAACAAUUGGCGUAAAUUCUGCCACAUUUCUUGGUUAUCACAUACAACCCGGAUCAGUUACUAUAAUACGUGAAAAAUCCAACUACAUAUCCGAACUACCGCUUCCAACUACGGUCAAAUCAUUACAACGAGCAUUAGGAAUCUUUAAUUACUACAGCAAGCUCAUUCCUGCAUAUUCUGUAUUGUCAGCUACUUUAUACGAUAUGCUCAAAGGUCAUUCUACCACGAAAAACAAAAAACAAAAAAAGUUCAACACAACAAUCUACCCGUUUAUCCUGGACAGAAGAGAACAUUCAACGGUUCAAUCAUCUUAA